CACAUUGAUGAAUCUUUAUCAGUGGAUUGUCAACUACUUCUGCUUUGCCCUGAUGGUCAACUCCUGCUUUGCCCAAGAUCUUGUCUCAUGAUUACUUAAUAAAAGUCUUGUAAUAAGCCCGAGGUGGAGGUUUGCAGUGGGUAAAGUGUUACCUCAAUGCAGAGAAAGAAGUUGGAUUGUGUCACUUCUAAACACAAUUCUAUGAAAUUUUAAGAACAAAUGCACUUUAUAUUUAUAGCUCAUGGAAGAAAAAACACAAAUCAAGACAUUUUUGGGUUCCAAGUUACCAAAGUAUGGAACAAAAUCUGUAAGAAGUACACUACUACCAGUACCAAGUGGGGCACCUGCUAAUUUAUUAGGAGCUUCAAAGAAUGGUAACAUCAAAAGUUACGUAAAAAAUAAUGGCUCAGGUUGUUCAUCAUCGCAUUCAUUUACCUGGAGAAAAGCAGAUAAGUUCCAACUUACUGUACAAAAUUCUGAAGAGCCUAACAGUACUCAGAAUUUACACAACAAAUUAAUUGAUUCUGAAAAACAUGCUUCUACUCAAGGAAUGCUUGAUAAAAAUGGGAUGAAGAGAGGCUUGAGAAGUGUUUCUUUAUUCACAUCAAAGUUAGCAAAGCCAUCUACUAUGUUUGUGUCAUCUGCAGAGGAGUUAAACCAAAAGUCUUUUUCUGGACCAUCUAAUUUGGAUAAAUUCACCAAAGGCACAUUAUUAGGAAGGACCUCAUAUUCUUCAGUCAGUGCUCCAAAAUCGCAGUUGAAUGGAUUUUAUGGAAACCGUUCGACUGUUAGCAUGCAGAGGCCUAGAGCGAACUCCUGUGCCACCAGAAGCAGUUCUGGAGAAAGCUUAGCACAAUCUCCAGAUAAUAUUAAAUCUAUUACUUGUGAAAAAAUGGUAAGGUCACAGAGUUUUUCACAUUCCAUUCAGAAUUCAUUCCUUCCUCCGUCAUCUAUAACCAGAUCACAUUCCUUCAAUAGAGCUGUGGAUCUUACAAAGCCUUAUCAGAACCAACAGCUACCCAUUAGAGUGCCUCCGCGGUCAGGUAUGCUGACGAGAAGUUCCCGGCCGUCAGAAGUACUCAAUGGGAAUGAACAUUGGGGGUGUGGGUUUAAUAGGUCUUAUGCUGCUGGUGGAAAGAAGCUGGCUUUAACAAAUGGCCCAGGUGUAACGUCCACUUUGGCUUAUAGGAUGGUUCAUCCUUCCCUACUGAAACCUAGCCGCCCUCCAUUUUCUGGGACUAUCACAGUUGACAGUAAUAAAAAUCCACCUGCUGACACAGGUGUAGUGGAGGGUGCUACAGUUUUGGCUAAAGACAGAGGUAUGAAUAAGGACCAUGAACUAAUCGAAAACGAAAGUUAUAGAACAGAAAAUGACCAAACCAUGAAGCAUGAUGCUAAAAUUAGAUACCUGAGUGAUGAUGUGGAUGACAUUUCCUUGUCUUCUUUGUCCUCUUCUGAUAAGAAUGAUUUAAGUGAAGACUUUAGUGAUGAUUUUAUAGAUAUAGAAGACUCCAACAGAACUAGAAUAACUCCAGAGGAAAUUUCUCUCAAAGAAGAAAAGCGUGAAAAUGUUUCACCAGAAGAUAUAUUUGAUUCCCCCAAGGAAAAUGAAAAAGCCUUCAGUAAAACGGAUGAGUGGAUAGAUAUAACAGUCUCUGACAGGAGUGAAUGUACAAAACAUACUUCUGGGAAUAACUUGAUUUCGCCAGAUACAGAUUACAGAGUUGGUUCUUCAUUUGAACUCUCUCCAUCUGAUAGCUCCGAUGGAACAUACAUGUGGGAUGAAGAGGGCUUGGAACCUAUUGGAAAUGUCCAUCCAGUUGGGAGCUAUGAAUCCUCUGAAAUGAACAGCAUCGAUAUUCUGAACAAUCUUGAAUCAUGUGACCUUGAGGAUGAUGACCUUAUGCUUGAUGUGGAACUUCCUGAAGAUGCACCUCUUGAAAAUGUGGAGUGUGACAAUAUGAACCGCUUUGAUCGGCCAGACAGGAAUGUGCGGCAGUCUCAGGAAGGGUUUUGGAAAAGGACCCCCCAGAGGUGGAGUGCCCGAGACCAUUACCACCUCAGCCAUCCUGACCACUGUCACCCCCAUGGGAAAAGUGACUUGAGCAGAGGCUCUCCCUAUAGAGAAUCUCCUUUGGGUCAUUUUGAAAGCUAUGGAGGGACCCCCUUUUUCCAGGCUCAGAAGAUGUUUGUAGAUGUUCCAGAAAAUACGGUGAUGCUAGAUGAGAUGACCCUCCGGCACAUGGUUCAAGAUUGCACUGCAGUGAAAACCCAGUUACUCAAACUGAAACGUCUGCUCCAUCAGCAUGACGGAAGUGGUUCAUUGCAUGAUAUUCAGCUGUCAUUGCCAUCUAGUCCGGAACCCGAAGACAACGAUCAGAUAUAUAAGAAUGAAGAUUUAUUAAAUGAAAUAAAACAACUUAAAGAGGAAAUAAAGAAAAAGGAUGAAAAAAUCCAGCUAUUAGAACAUCAACUCGCAACUCGGUGUAACUGCCACCAAAACUCUAAGGAGGAAAACUGCACAUAUGCUGAUAAAUACACCCAAACACCCUGGAGACGGACUCCCCCUCAAGUACUACAGCCUUCCAGCAGCCUUCCCAGACCCACAGACCACACCCAGGGAAAACUAGCAAAGCCGCAGCAUACCGAGGCCCACAGUGAAUGUGCACCCCGGGGUGUGCACCAGGGCACUGCACUGGAGGAAGGCUGCGCACGUGGCGUGCAUCAUGAAGUCAGCUGCGGCUUAGAAGACCAGCCCUUUUCCUCAAGCCCACAGUUCACGACGGAAGUGGCUACGAGCACACCUUCGGAAACAAGCUUGAACGUGACCAUCCAUGCUCAAGACCCCUGUUCAGCACCUAAUCUAGUCAGUGACAUGCAGUUUGAACCCACUUCUCUUCAGACACCUGCCCAGCCAGCUACAGACCAGGGCGAGAGAGUUGGAGGAGACCAGUCUCUGCCGGUGGGCUACACACCCCAGUCCAUGUCUGUGCAGCUGUUAAAGCCGUCCAUCUUGAAUUCUUUGGUACCUCCUCCAGUUCCUGAACCACCUCCAAGUAGGACUCCCACUUGCAAGAAGUCAGCGAUAAUCACACCAUGUACUUCAGCAAAACUUCAGCCAACAUCUAGUCAAACACAUCUUAUAAAUAAUCCUAAUCUGAAAGUGUCUAAGCUUCGUCCCCCUUCUGGCUCUUUCAAACAGAAACAACUAAGCAGCCCCCGACUCGAGCCGCAGCAUUCCCAGGCCAAGACAAGCAUCCCAAGGCCACUAACACGACCAAAAGAGAUCAUGCAGAAUCCAAAUGGCGGUUUGCAUUCUGGGGAUUGUCUGGCCUCUAAUCGGUAUUCUCGUCUUCCUAAACCAAAGAUACAUUAAACACAUAGCCAUCAUCUGCCAAUUUUUUUUCUUUAAAACAAAACAAAACAAUCUGUUCUGUAAUAGCUUUACGUACAGUUUGCUACCAUGGUGGAGGUUCCAUUCAAAGCCUGCAAAUCUUAAAAUUAAAAUGUGGAAGCUUCUUCUAGUUUGGUCUUCCAUUUUAUGUACUGGUCGAAGUACAUCCCAUUCGAGCAUUCUUGUCUCAGGUGAACAUAAAAGCUUGCUUACCCAUCAGAGGCCCAGGGAAGGCUCCAAUCAUGUCCUCCAUCCCUCUGCAUCUCAGAAACCUUAGCACACUCCACUUAGUAGGCGAGAAUAUGCUUUGCUGACUUAGUCCUGGUAAGGCGUGUCGUAAUUGUGGGUGUCAGAACCCCACCCCUCCUCACUGUCUCUCCUGUGGAUUCGGCUGUUUGAACUAGCAGGCGCGGUGGUAGUGGAAGGUGGUAGUGUAUAAGCAGAGUUCUGGCCAGUGUUUUGUAUAUUUGAAAGGUCUAUGCAAAUGCUUUAUGGUUAAUGAAGGAUCAGGCUUUUAAUGGGAAAGUCUAUGUAAGUUUUAUUUUUCCUCGCCAGGAUCAGCAAGCUAGUCUUACUAUUGAUUCAUUUUCCAGAUGAACUUCCUAGGCUGAAACCAUUCUGUUAUACAUAAGCCAAUUAUAUGUAUGUUAACAUCUUGUUUUACACAUGCACACUCAUUUGUAUUCGUAUUUACUGCUGGGUGGAUUUUAGUGAGCUUGAAAUCUGCACCUAAAGCUACAUUCACCUGUCACUUUUGGUGCUAGAGUUUUGGUGGUAAUUCAGUCCUGAAACCCAUUGGCAUAUGCAUCCAUUAUAGCCAUUUUAAAGUUCUACAGCCUAUGUUUUAAAUUACGUCUUUAUUGUAAUAUUUCUAUUUAUUGACCUUCUGCUACUAUCUGAAGACUGGAAUAGUGGACUUGAAAUGUUUGCACAAGACUUUGAUGGGAUUUAAAUAUCCCAUACAUAGCGAUUUAAAACUAUUUUCUAUAGCAAAAUAAGUUAAAAUAUUUUGAGAAAAAUUAUAAAUUUAAGACUAUCUUGAGAAAGCUGGAUUCGAUGUUUUUUUUUUUUUCUGUUUUCCUGAGUUUCCUGGCUUUCUCUUUACUGUUCGUGUACAUUUCACAGUACUUGAAAAAGAAGAUUUGAGAAGAAUAGAACUGGACAAGAGAAGUUGUUUUAAAAAUAGAUAUUGAAAGGCAUUUCCAAGGCGCUACAUGUUAAUUUUCCUAUGCUCAGGAAGGUAGCCAUGGGGCCCCCGGGAGCCUUGUGGCCACAUCUAACCCUCCUGUGGCCACUCGGCAGAGAAAGUGCAGCGGCUGUGCUGACUCCGCCCCAGAUCACUUCCCCUCUGUGCUCCUCCCCUGGGCUGCUCUCUGUGGAUUAGCAUCUUUCAGACUGAUGACCUUGUGAGGUCAGUUUGUGCUUUCAUCUGCUGACCAAAAUGUAUUAAAAAGGAUGAUGGCCAAAAGUUUAGUCACUCAGAUUUCUAGGGAUUCUUUUAAAAAAUGUGCAUUGGCUAUACUGUCUGCUGCUUUUAAAGGAGAAACAAUAGCAGGUGCUUCAGUGGAAAUUUGGAAAGAAUUGUUUGCAACCAUUUUGAUGUAAUCUUCCCUUAGCUGUCAGAGAACCACUGAAGUGACUUUGCCAUUCAGUAGGUGCAAACUAAGUGCACCAUUCCUGGGCUUGUGACGGGCGAGCAGCACACACCUAGUGUCGUACUCCCCACCGGCCGCACUGCCGAGGCGCGCCGACUCUCAAGUCUUCAUGUAGCCCAGCUCGGGAGCGAGCAGCCAUCAGUGCACCAGAGAGCAAGCUCCAUUCGUGGAGACGUGCCCGAUGCCGGCCCAUCUGUGGGCACAUGGGCAUGUGGGUUCUGUCACCUUGAAAAAGAAAGAAAACCAAUGUGCCAGAUCACAGGUAGGAUGCUACCAUACUGUUUUUCCCUAACGUGAAACCUAACGAAUUAGUAAGUUUUUGGUUUAUUUAGAAGUUGGUAUAGACCCUAUGAAACGUUUAUAAGUUGGCCUUAUCGUUAGGUGAAAAGUUUAAAAUUUAAGAUUUAUUUUUAACCUCCUACUUGGAGAGAAAUGUCUCUAUUACAUAAAAAUAUUAGCUCCAGUAAUUGGUUUAUUAUCUUUUUCCAUGAUUUUGCAGAAAUGUUAGCCCAUUAAUUCACUCUUUCUGCACCUUCAUCUAGCCUUAAUCUUAAUUUGGCUAGUCUUAAGACUGGCUCAUCGAUACAAUUAUGAGGCAUAAUACAUUCAGGAGAAAAAAAUCUAGGGUGCUUGCACCAACAACAUCAAGUAUUUGCUUGCAGCUUUCUUUGAAAGCUGCGUGAACAUCAUGCUGGUCUGCUUCUUAGUAAGUGUUAAGUGAGAAAUGAAAGUGAGGGUAUAGCCCUGCUAAUACUGAGAUGCGCCACCUCAGAUGUGGCUUGAUCUGUGUGUCAGCUCUGCACUGUCUCCUCGGAGCUCAUCACUUAUUCUCUUAGUUCUGAUGACAUUGGUGAUACAGUUGCAGUGUAUGAGUCCUAAGUCCCAAGGGAGAAAUUUUAUGGGGUUGGUUAAGUUUCACAUUUAUGAGAGAGAGAAUAAAGGAUGCAGAAUUGUGUAUUUGAUUGUUAGUGGAAUGCAUAUCAGAGUUUGUAAAAGAAAGCUGGGCCUUGCAAGUUUCUUGGUACAGGUGUAGGUGCUCUUCAGACAUACUAAUGGGAUUAUGGCACUACGUCAUUUAGAGUGUUUCUAAUAACAGACCAUCUGGCAUUUUUCUUUUGGAGUCUCCCCUUCAUUUGUGCAAUAUUUUCAGGCAUAUAGACUACUGUGCACUGUAUUUAUAUAGAUAGUUGGGGCUUACUAGGUAUUUUAGCAGAUGAAGACCUGAACAUGAAAGACAAUGUCAGAUUUGCACUUUAAAUGAGCUUCAUUGCUUCGAGUUGUGCCUGAAAUGUCAGAAUGCCUCCUAUUGGGUGUGGCUUUGUUGAAAUUGCUCUGUAAUUGCUGCUGUUUGAUGUUAUCAGUACAGCCUUCCACAGAAUCGCAUCCUCAGCAUGUCAGUUUUCUCAUUAAAGCACUAAGUUUUCUUUCAGUGACCCACUGUCCUUGAAGUAGUUUACUCGGAAUGUCAGAGAACAUGCUCUCCAUGCUCAGUGACAUGCUGUCACUUCCCAGCGUUCCUGGAGUUGGUGUUAAAGAGGCAGAGGCGACUUCUGGCUUCUGAGCAGAGCUGUCGGACUGGGGUCCUGGGUCCUGGGUCCUGGGUCCUGGGUCCUGGGGCAGGGGAUGUGCUUCACAGUCAGCCCCAGGCCUGCCGCGCAGAUCAGGGCCAGCACACCUUUGCAUCUCUGCCUCCCGCGGCUGCCUUACUUCAACUGGCCAUGUCUGCAUGCUGUGUUCACAUUUGAAAAUUAAGUACAGCCUCAAUACAAGUUCCUGAUGUUUUCCCUGGGGGUGAUGAUCUUGCUGUUUUUCUUUAUUCUGAUACUUGAGUUCUAUUUUCUGGUGAUCUUUCCAUCUCUCUCUCAGUUUUCCGCGGCAGCAAUUUGAAAGAGUAUGUUUGCAUGGGUGAUUGUGAUGGGCACCAGUCUACAGCUGCGUCAUUAAUUGAAGGUACACGUCGUAACUCUCGGGGGAAAAGCUACCGAGUUUCUCCCUGGGAAAGCAUUGCCGUAACGAAAUAACAGCCUGAGAAUUUAAAGCCUCUUAAAUCAUUACUAACUAAAAACAAAAAUAGUAUCUGCAGUAUUGUUUCCCCACUGAUUUUAAAGGCCAGUUCAGAGUACAUACUGUAUAUUAGGAUUUGCCUGUAAAAUGAAUUCCAGAAACCAGAUGUAAAGUCUUUUUUCCUGAAAAUGUUGGCAUAAAUAAAAAUAAAGUUCCUAAUUAUGAA